UGGAACUGGGAGGAGGGAGAUGGCAGGAGGCCAUGGCCCGACGAAGGAGCCCCGGUCCCUUCCUUGGGUCUGCCCACCCCCCGUCCCCGCCCGGCUUUUCUCUCGGCAGCUUUCCCCGGGGGGAGGAAGAGGAGGGGAAGGGAGGUAGGAACUAAGGUGCGGUGUUGGGGGGCAGCUGAUGCUCUUCCGGAGUUCUUUUAGUCCAAGGGGGUCUCCCGCCCUGUACCCCGACUCCACCCCGCUCAGACCCCCUCGGUCCGCGCCUAGGGAGCUGCUGCGGGAGCUCUCGGGAAGGGCGGGGAGGGCCCAGGGAAGACUGGGGAGAGCUCUGGAGGCGCCGCGCCCCCCGCCCCGCCCCCUCCGGGGCUCCGCUCCUGGCCACCGCCGCUCUGCUCGCUCCCCGCCCGCUCGCGCGCUCGCCGCUCGCGCCUCCCAGCCUGGCCCGGCUCUCCGCCGCCGCCUCGCAGCCCACCCCUCGGUCUGUCAGCCCGAGGACCGCGCCGCCUAGCCCGGGCCCCUCCCUCGCCAAGGCCCGGGAGCAGCGGCGGGGGGCGGAUCCUGGCGCCCACCAUGCGGGGCGAGCUCUGGCUCCUGGUGCUGGUGCUCAGGGAGGCUGCCCGGGCGCUGAGCCCCCAGCCCGGAGAAGGUCAGGAUGCAGGCCGAGGCUCUGGAUGGGCCGCCAAGGGGACAAUGCAGAGCUGGAAUCGGAGAGCCCGAGAGAGCCCUGGGCAGGUGUUGGAGCCGGACAGGACCCAGCUGAGCCAGGACCUGGGUGGGGGCACCCUGGCCAUUGACUCACUGCCAGAUAACAGGACCAGAGUGGUGGAGGACAACCACAGCUACUAUGUGUCACGUCUGUACGGCCCCAGCGAGCCCCGCAGCCGGGAGCUCUGGGUGGAUGUGGCCGAGGCCAACCAGAGCCAAGUGAAGGUCCACAGAAUCCUGUCUAACACCCACCGGCAGGCUUCGAGAGUGGUCUUGUCCUUUGAUUUCCCUUUCUACGGGCAUCCUCUGCGACAGAUCACCAUAGCAACUGGAGGCUUCAUCUUCACUGGUGACGUGAUCCAUCGGAUGCUCACAGCUACUCAGUAUGUGGCCCCUCUGAUGGCCAACUUCAACCCUGGCUACUCCGACAAUUCAACAGUUGCUUACUUUGACAAUGGGACAGUCUUUGUGGUUCAGUGGGACCACGUCUACCUGCAAGGAUGGGAAGACAGAGGCAGCUUCACCUUCCAGGCAGCUCUGCACCGAGACGGCCGCAUUGUAUUCGGCUACAAAGAGAUCCCUAUGUCCAUCCUGGAAAUCAGUUCUUCCCAGCACCCUGUCAAAGCCGGCCUGUCAGAUGCCUUCAUGAUUCUCAACUCAUCCCCGGAUAUACCAGAAUCUCGGCGAAGGGCCAUCUUUGAAUACCACCGUGUGGAGCUGGAUCCCAGCACAGUCACCAGCACGUCGGCCGUGGAGUUCACCCCAUUGCCAACCUGCCUGCAGCAUCAGAGCUGUGACACCUGCAUGUCCUCGGACCUGACCUUCAACUGCAGCUGGUGCCAUGUCCUCCAGAGAUGCUCCAGUGGCAUUGACCGCUACCGCCAGGAGUGGCUGGCCUACGGCUGUGUCCAGGAGGCAGAGGGCAGGACCUGUGAGGAUUUCCAGGAUGAGGAUCACGACUCGUCCUCCCCCAACAGCUCCUGCGGCCCCUUUGAUGGAGACCUCAGCACCACCUCCUCCUCCCUGUCCAUGGACAGCCUCACCACAGAAGAUGACACCAAGUUGAAUCCCUACGCAGGAGAAGAUGGCCUUCAGAACAACCUGCCCCCUAAGACAAAGGGCCCCCCUGUGCACCUGGGCACCACUGUGGGCAUCGUGCUGGCAGUCGUCCUCGUGAUGGCCAUCAUCCUGGCAGGGAUCUACAUCAGCGGCCACCCCACCUCCAAUGCUGCUCUCUUCUUCAUCGAGCGGAGACCUCAUCACUGGCCGACCAUUAAGUUCCGCAACCACCCCAACCAUUCCACCUACACGGAGGUGGAGCCCUCAGGCCAUGAGAAGGAGGGCUUCGUGGAGGCCGAGCAGUGCUGAGAGCGUCUUGGAAGGGUAGGAUGGAAGACCCCAGAGGCCCCAAUAAAAACGAGUCAAACAAAGCAGAGAAGCGAUUUUUCUUAUUCUCCUCUGAACAUAUCCUGGUUGGGAAGAUGGGACAGUGGUUUGUGGUGCUAGACCUACAGUUUGGCCAUCACACCCCAGAUAUUGAAGCAGGGGGCAGAAAAGCGACCACACUGAGUUUUUAAGGAACCAUGACCUGAUUUCAUCCUGUUUUCAUGCAAGGGGCUUUCAAUGGUCUACCCUGUAGCGGCCCCAGAGGCCCCUCCCACCUGAAGAUGGCCAGAUGCCUGCAUAGGACACAAGAGAAGCGAACUCUCGAUCGGGGCUGCCACAUUCCAGGGUCCAUAGACUCAAGAGCUGGUCCUCAUGACUAUGGAUUCGGCACAUUCAGCCCCCGCUUCUGGGCUCUGGAAAUCUGGAGGAGUUCUCGCCGUCUGUUAAACUAGUACAGCCGCUCUCAGCCCUUCGUCAAGCCACCGAACGGCAUUCUAUCAUCCGAGGAAAGCCAAAGGACAGGAGAGAAAAGAACUUGUGAGGAAAAUUGCAUCUUUAGGCUUUGCUCCCUCAACUUGCCCUUUCUGCUGAGAACCAGUACUUCUGCUUCAACGUGUGUGCAGCCCGCGUCACGGGCUUUACCCUGGCUGUGCCCAGACUCAGCCUGGCGAGCCACGCGGCGCUCUUUAUUCCAACGGCACGUUUGGUAUCCAUUGCACGAGUAUUCACUGACCUCCUGUCAGUGCCAGUAAGUACCUCCAAGGGCAGAGUUUCCCUGAUCAUGAUUUUUCCUCUUCCGAACUGGACUUUGAUAGCUAUUAGAGAGGAACAGGGUGGUUUAUUGAGACAUACCCAGCAGGGAACUUCAGUCGGAAUCUGCUGAGAAGCUGUCGGUUGGAACAGAGGACUAUUGACAUGGGAAGGAGGGACUUUCUACGUAAAACCUUGACCUGGAAAGCUGCUUCCAUCUCCCAGUUCUGCUGGAAGUUUUUGGGACAGAGAGUUUAGGCUCUCAAACUUAAACCUCGUUUUAAGGGAAUUCUGUCUCAGAGAGGAGUCAGGGCUGCCUCUGAAGAGGAUUUAAAAUGAAAAUCCAUAACUCAUCCUCAGUCAAAGUAAAACGUAUCAGCAGUCAAUAAAUAUUAAAUCACAGUC